UUUUCAAUUUUAUGAGUGGAAAUGGUAAAUUAUUACUUUUAUUGAUCUCGUUUGCUAAAAUCUUUUACCACACUGUGUAUAGACAAAAAAAUCUGCUCGAUUCUCGCAGUUAGUAGGCUGCGCCACACGAAGCGUAAACGCUGUGUGCAAACGUUUGUGUUCGUUAUUUGUUCUGUUUGUCCUUUGUAUCGAUAGUUUGAGUUGAUUGUGAGUGUGUUUAAUCCUUUUCUGUCGCAAAGGAUUCUAAUUUUGACGCGAAAAUUCGCAAAAUUUCGGUGCAAUCUGCUAUUGCAAAUUCAAUCCAUCCACGUAAACAUGUCCAAACGUAAACCCCAACCCAACUGGCUUUGAGUAAAAUGUCAGCUCCGCUAGGAAAAAGAAGGCUGAUUGAUUGAAACACCCCGCAAAUAUUAUUUUGUGAGAAUUAUCCUUAAGCUGCUACGGAAGAAUCGCCGAUCUGGUCGGCAGGAAUUGAGUCUCGCUUUCCGUCAGUUUGUGCCUACGGUUGACACCCUCCGGUGUCCCCUCGAAUUCGGUCGCCGUUCGUUGACUUUUCCGCGCUAGGCUUGCUGCGUGUGACACAAUAGAAUAAUCAAAUUAGCUCCUGCCUUUUUUUAGUGGCAAAACAGCUCAGCAGGGAAUGGUUUAGUGCACACAACACAUCGUAAGUGUGCAAUAGAUUGUGUUAUCGAGCCCGGGCGUGCAUUGGUGUGCAAGCUUUUGCAACAACGGCAAGGGCGAGAGCCGCAGGGAGUUCAGUGCAUUAUCAAGUCACCAGCGGCAGCGGCAGCAGCAUCCGGGAGCAACGGAAGAGACGGGAAGCCAAGUGAGGCUGAUAGCUGCAAGUGCGUGUGUCUGCAAGGGACGGCCAGAAGAAGUGAAACUUUACGUCCGUUUCGAACGGGUCCACUUUUCUCGUUGCUCCACUAAUUUAUCACCAAAGAGUGAUAAGGGCGUUCUCUAAAACGGGAAAGCGCUCGGACUCGGAUUUACUCGGCGCAGCAUAUCAGCGGCAGCGGCGGAAAUUACCGCAUCAGCGUGUGGUGACCAGAGGAAGGAGGACAAUAAUCGCCCCGUAUCGUAUAAAGUGGUAGCCCGUCAUGAUGGCUGAAUCGGACAACACAGCGGAUGCGACACGACGACUGAACGUGAAAAAACAGACGCUGGACGAUGCGUACGCGAUUCCGGCCAACUUCCUCGAAAUAGACGUAGUCAAUCCGAUGACCACGAUUGCGGCAGGGAAGAAACGCUACACCGACUACGAAGUCCGAAUGAGGACAAACCUACCGGUGUUCAAAGUAAAAGAAUCUAGCGUUCGUCGACGGUACAGUGAUUUCGAGUGGCUCAGGAAUGAACUGGAGCGCGACAGUAAGAUUGUAGUGCCUCCACUGCCGGGUAAAGCCUGGAAGCGCCAAAUGCCGUUCCGGGGUGAUGACGGAAUAUUCGACGAGAACUUUAUUGAGGAGCGACGAAAAGGUCUAGAGCAGUUCAUCAACAAAAUCGCUGGCCACCCGCUAGCACAAAACGAACGAUGUUUGCACAUGUUCCUGCAGGAGCCGGCUAUCGACAAAAACUACGUACCCGGCAAGAUACGCAAUACCUAAACGACAAAGGCCGCCCGCUCGGACUGCGCAAGAAAGGAGACGGUACAUGAGUUAUGAAAAAAAAAAAAUCAGGCAAAACACUAAAACCGGACCGACGACCUGGGUGUAACGGGAGUUCAUGUUUGUGGCGCGAAUGGGGACUGGAACUCGCUCAGCAUGUAUGCGUGUCUGUCUGGCAGACGUUGGUAUCUCUAUUCUAGGAAUACGAUGUGUACGUCAAACAAAUUUUUUCCCCCGGCCCUACAAUCACAUACAUUUCAUUCUAAUUUUCGAUUAAGUGUUGUUAUUUAAACUGAUAAAGAAGCUGUUGAUAUGGAUCUUCCUUCCUAGACUGGUAGAGGGACUGGUCUGGGAUCGAAGGAUCUGUUGUUGGCAUGCAUCAAAAUGGAUCCAUGUGGUGUUGAUUUUGGUGGUGACGACAUAGGAAAAUAGGUUUGUACCGAACACAGGACAGUGAUAAAAGAGGAUCAUAAACGAAAAAAAAACAUAAAAUAGUUAGGAACGAAUGUGAGUCCCCCGAUGGCAAGCGGUAAUAUUUAUAGUACACACCCAAGCAUAAUUUGUUUGCAGUCGACUGUCUAAAAGUACGGACAACAGCAGCAUUAUGUAGAAGGAAGAUAAAAAAAAGGAUAAACAAAAAAGGGAUAAACAUAUGUUAGCAAAGGCAGCAUCAUCGUCGUAUACGCCCCCAUUUUCGAUGGUUUGAAGCAAAUGAAUGCUUCGCUUUACAUGAACAUUGGAAAAAAAUGUUCGAUCACAAAAGCUCUUUGAAACAUGCCACCCGACUAAGCGAAUAGUGGUGGUUUUAUCAACUGUAUUAACGCGGUGCAACUUGGCUCGUUUGUUUCGGUGUUCCGAUUGUACAGGCGCAGGACCGAAGGAAAUGAACCACUCCCUAGGGAAGCGUCUCAUCAUCACUUCUUCCGUAUUUGAUUUGGUUUCGCUUUUCUCAUGCCACAGGAACUAAACAUAAAAGAUACUGGCAAUAAAGACCGUUGUAGCAAUACUUUGAAUAAGUAUGUAACACAAGUGUGUUAUUAAGAAAAUGGCCGUAAUAAUGCUCACAUGAAACCCUCUCAAACAAUGCCCUCUUUGGACGCCAUCAAAUACACAACUACUGUCCGUUAUUGCAGGAGACGAACUGAGAACGGAGAACGUACCAUAUUCAUUUCCAUUGCUUUUGUUUAAGAUUCCGAGAUCUGUGUGCAAACCCCGGGCGCAAAGUGUAGAUAAAGACAGAAAACUUGCGUUGGGAUCACUUUAGUAACAAAGAAGAAGACCUAAUAAUCAGCCACAAGAAAAAGAGAAGAAGAAACAUCUUUGCAGCACGACGUAUGGCGGCGUGGUGGCCUCUUCUUGAUGGCCAGAUCUAGUGAAUACAGACGGCAAGAAGAGAUAAUAAACAAUCAGAUCGAUACAGA